CGACAUUCUCUUUCCGAUAAUUAAUCGCGUUCUUCCAGCGCAUGUGUAAUAGAUACAUGCUCCAUGGGUACAUAUAUAUACCCCCCAACCCAAUGCAACGCUCCCUCAGGCUGACACGCCAGGAAAAGUCCUCAGUGCUACAGAUCACCCCUCAUUGUUAUGGCCUACGAGAAGAAUGCCAACUUUCGUCUGAGGAUAGCAAGGGACAUUCUCCGUAUCCUCAUUGCACCCCCGCUCGCACUCUCCCUCGUUGCACAUAUUGCACGCAUUCGUAUGGGCUGGUGGUCACCACUAGCAUAUGUCUCGUCCAUCGUCUUCGCGGCCAUCGCUAGGGUACAGUAUACGGACAUGGCCCAACAGAGGGAGGCCAAGCAGCUAGGAGCCAGACUUAUCCCUCGGGUCGUCGGAAAGUGGCCUGGGAACAUAGAUGUCAUGCUCAAGCUCCAGAAGAGCCUGUCGUCUGGCUAUAUUUAUCAGGGAUACCUGGAACUCUUUGAAGAGUAUCAAUGCACCACUCUAAAUACACGCUUCCUCUGGAUGGAUAACAUCAUCUCAAUGGACCAGGAACAUUGCAAGUAUGUCCUUGCUACUGGAUUUAACAACUUCUGGAGAGGAACUGCCCAGAGGGAGCGUCUUGAAACCUUCCUUGGAGACGGCAUUUUCAACCGUGACGACGAGCACCGGACACUUGCACGUCCAUUUUUCGCCCGCGAUCGUGUGUCCGACUUCGAACUAUUCGAACGAUAUACAACUCGCACUUUCACAAUUCUCUCGGAAAAAGCUGCUUUGAACGAACCUAUAGACGUUCAGGAUCUUUACGCCCGUUUUACGAUUGACGCUGCUUCAGAGUUCCUCUUCGGAAAAAAUCUCGACACGCUUUCGGGCUCUCUUCCUCGACCUAGUUCUUCCUCACCAUUCGAGCGUGGAUCUGUGACAGAUGACGCGUGGGGGACGUUUACCAGGGCCUUCGAGACGCUGCAGCGGAUCAACACUCUCCGUGCUCGAACAGGUCUCAUCUGGCCUUUAUUCGAGUUGUUCGACGACAAGACAGUGCCAUAUGUCGACACCGUCAGACAGUGGAUUGAUCCGCUUGUGAAGCGUACGCUGGAGGAGAAGGCGGCUGCAAAACGUGCCGGCGUCGAAAGGAAUGUCGAAGAGAAGACGUUUUUACAGCAUCUCGCUGAUAGCACAGAAGCUCAGACAGCAUGCCUGUUGACGUAUGUAACUUAUUUCCUCGCCCUUCACCCAGAUGUGGCGAAGAAACUUCGACAAGAGGUUGCACAUAUUUGCGGUGAUCAACCCCCAACUUACGAAAAGAUUAAAAAAUUGAAAUACAUGAAAGCUGUUAUUGACGAAACGCUGCGCCUUUUCCCUCCCGUCCCGCUCAACCAACGACAAAGUCGGCCUGUUCCGUGCACGCUCCCCGCACCAGAUCCAACGUUCCCUGUUGGUUCCCAGAGACCUUUGUAUAUGCCUAAGAGCACGACAUUCUUCUAUUCCACGCUGUUGGUCCAACGAAACAAAGCACUCUGGGGCCCAGAUGCGGACGAGUUCGAUCCGGAGCGGUGGAUUGACCCAAAGAGACUUUCGAGGUAUACAUCCAAUCCAACGAUGUUUACGCCCUUCAGUGCGGGGCCCCGAAUUUGCAUAGGCCAAAACUAUGCGUACAAUGAAGCCUCCUACUUCCUCGUCAGACUCAUGCAACACUUUUCUUCAUUCACACUAGCACCUGACGCCCAACCGCCCUCGUCACUUCCUCCAGCGGAAUGGAAAGCCGGUCGCGGGCGGAUGGCUAUUGAGAGAAUACGACCAGAGGCAGCGAUGACAUUAUUUGUCAAGGGUGGGUUGUGGGUGCGCCUUGGAAGAGUGGCUUCUUCGGAAGAAGCAUGACUGAAGUAUUGCAUAUUUCAACGGAGUGCUGGCCACCCGUGGACGAUUGGAUACAUUUGAUCUAGGACCUUCAUCGACGCCCAAAACCAUUGUUUUCUGGUCUGGCCGUCUCGCAUGGGAAGUUUUGGAGAUGAAGACAUUUUAUUCAUUGAGUAGGCGUAUGUAGGCUGGCAGGAGGAGUGCGCAUGUAUCUCUGCCGAGAAGCAUUGCAUUGCUUGUAGCAUUACACACUACACGACGAUCAUUUUCUGUAAUUAUCAGAACUGAGUACGUGACUCGGACUUGCUAUAAUAAUGGACAAGAGAUGUGCAAUUUUCAUG